AUGCCCCACCGCACUCACUGGAACUCGAGGGAUCUCCAAAGGUCACUCCAAAGCCCUUUGGGUCCCAUCACGUGUUUGGGGCUAUUUUUGGCCUUCGGUGGUGUCUCCGGUGACAAAUGUGACCUCCGUCCUCGUCACCGGCGUCUCCGUCCCCUUCUUCCUUCUUCUCCAACUCCCAAAUCCCCCCAAAGUCCCCCCAAAUCCCUCCAGGUGUCCCCAAGGCCACACCUCUGCUCCUCCAGAAGGUCUCAAACCCUCAGGGUGUCCUCAAGGCCACCAAUCCAGGUCCCAUUUGAGGUGGCAACAGGUCCUCCAGAAGGUCCCAAACCCUCCAGGUGUCCCCAAGGCCACACCUUUGCUCCUCCAGAAGGUCCCAAACCCUCGAGGUGUCCCCAAGGCCACGUCCCUCCUCCUCCAGGAGGUCCCAAACCCUCGAGGUGUUCCCAAGGCCACGUCCUGAUCCUCCAGAAGGUCCCAAACCCUCCAGGUGUCCCCAAAGCCACAUAUUUGCUCCUCCAGAAGGUCCCACACUCUUCAGGUGUCCCCAAAGCCACGUCCCUCCUCCUCCAGGAGGUCCCAAACCCUCCAGGUGUCCCCAAAGCCACGUCCCUCCUCCUCCAGAAGGUCCCCGUGGUGGGGACGGUGACCGAGUUGGUGAAAGAUGACACUGAGCCACCAGAGCCAUCGUGUCCCCCUCUUUAUUGUCCCCCAGAGCCGUCGGGACGCGUCACCUGCGGAAGAAGGCUGAGUGCCACCAAGAGGAACCCCAACGCUGGUGGUGUCCCCCCAAAGCCACCGCGGUCGUGUCGGGACGGAGCCCCGUGGGGACAGCGAGGGGACACUGUCCCCGUGGUGGCACCGUCCCCGUCCUCUGCCUCCGGCUCUUACGUGGGGGGUCACGGGGGACGGCCACGCCUUUGUGGGAGGGGACAGCCCUGUCCCCACCCCUGCGGCCCCGCGGCCCUCUGUCCCCAACGCCCACCGUGUCCCCACGUCCCUCUGUCCCCAACAGCCACCACGUCCUCUCGUCCCUCUGUCCCCAAUGCCCACCAUGUCCCCUCGUCCCCAAUGCUCACUAUGUCCCCAACUCGUCGCUCCCCCCCCCGCCUCCUCACCUGGCCCAUCAUGGCGGCCGCCGCAUGGCCCGCCGGGAACGCCCCCUGCGCGCGCGCGGAGCCGCCGCCACCGCCUCCCAUUGGGCACCGCCCGCGCGCGCCCGCGGCGAUUGGCUGA